AUCGAUGUGCUGCUGUUCGGUAGCUGACUAGUGACGCCUUGCGGAUGGCAAAAUGGCUGCGCUUUAUUUUUCCCACAUCUCUAUAAUGUUAAAAUAUCUAAGGACGUAUUAAUUUAUUUCACAUGUCAACCGUUUAAAGUAUAGCAAUUACCUGUUUUUUUCCCCUUCCACCAAGGUGCCACCCGUAAACUACCCAGAAGAAGGACUCUAGGCCGUUGAGCUUCGGGCUUUAGGUAGUAGUCUGUGAAGUUUCAUCAGGUUGUUCCGUCAUCUGUGAGAAGUGCUUGAAUUUCCUGAGGUCCAUCUGCUCUGAGAGGCUGCUGCAGUGUGGCUGCCCACCUGCUGCACCGAAUCAACAAUGACGACCUCGCUAUAAUAGCUUUUUCAAAUGAAAAUGGAGGAUAUGUCGCUGUCAGGCCUGGAUAACACCAAGCUGGAGGCCUUGGCUCAUGACAUCUACUCAGAAUUGGUGGAGGAUGCCUGUUUGGGGCUGUGCUUUGAGGUGCAUCGCGCAGUCAAACAGGGCUACUUCUUCCUUGAUGAGACGGACCAAGAAAGUAUGAAGGAUUUUGAAAUUGUGGACCAGCCAGGGGUGGACAUAUUUGGUCAGGUGUACAACCAGUGGAAGAAUAAGGAGUGUGUGUGUCCUAACUGCAGCAGGAGUAUAGCAGCCUCACGCUUUGCUCCUCACCUGGAAAAGUGUCUGGGAAUGGGUCGCAACAGCAGUCGCAUCGCCAACCGCAGAAUAGCCAGCAGCAACAACACAAGCAAGUCCGAGAGUGACCAAGAGGACAAUGAUGACAUCAAUGACAAUGACUGGUCAUAUGGUUCAGAGAAGAAAUCCAAGAAGAGAAAGUCAGACAAGAAUCCAAAUUCUCCAAGAAGAUCCAAAUCCUUGAAGCAUAAAAAUGGAGAGCUCAGUGGUAGUGUGAAUCCAGACCUCUACAAGUAUAACUACAGUUCCGGGAUCAACUAUGAAACUCUAGGGCCAGAGGAGCUACGAUCACUUCUGGCUACGCAAUGUGGGGUUGUAUCAGAGCACACAAAGAAGAUGUGCACGCGGUCCCAGCGGUGUCCCCAGCACACGGACGAGCAGAGGAGGGCGGUCAGGGUCUUCCUCCUGGGGCCGUCCGCGUCAGCACUGCCAGAUCCGGAGUCAGCGUUGGAAAACGAUGGUUAUGACACUCCUGACGGACAACUCAUCAUGUCCCGCCUCCAGUGGGAUGGGUCAUCUGACAUCUCACCCUCAGACUCAGCCUCCUCAAAAGCCAGUACUAACAACUCAGACUCUAAGAGACCUAAGAAAAAGAAGAAGCCUGGCUCACUGCUUGUGAGUAGUGCAGGGGGAGGAGAGAGGGAAAAAGGAGGAGAGCGAGAGAGAGGAGAGAGGGAAAGAGUAAGUGGCAGUGGAGGAGGAGGAGGAGGCGGAGGAAGCAGUGGGAGUGGACUGAGUGGUGCCAGCAGCAGUUCCCAGAAUGCACUUGCUCUGUCAAAUCGUAAGAAAAGACCAAGACUGCCAGCUCCACCAGCUCCCCCAGCUCCCAGUAUUUAUGAUGACCUGAACUGAAAAAAGAACAGUCCUCACAAACUCAUCCAUAUCAAUGCUGGACAAGAGCGUUACACUCAUUUAUCUUUCUCAUUUCUUUUUCCACCAAUUUGUGCACAAGAGACCUUAAAACAGUAAGUAUGUUAUGUGCAGUUGAAUAUUGGGGUUUACAUUUGUGAUUCGCAUAAACGUGCCAUAGCAUGUUCAGACUACAGCGUGUGAAGUGUGUGAGCGCUGAGUGUAAGUUUGAGUGUGAAUCUUGGGUGUAAAGGUACAGUACUGUACAAAAGUCAGAGACCACCCUUCAUUUAAUUUCCAGUCAGAAUGGCCCUAAGUUCAAUUUUUAGAAUAUAUUUCUGAAGAUAUAAAAUAUUACACAAGGUGACUUCAUAAGGAAGAAGAAGGUCUAAGGAAAAUAAGUAAAAACAAGUUUCCAAAACUGUAUUUAAAAAAUUAUACAGAGAACAUGGGACCCCUAACAAGUGUGCAAGACCUGGUGGGCCACCAAACCUAUCCCCUAGUUCUUAAAGCUUUGAAAGAUGGACAAAUAUGAAUUGAAAAUCAAGCCCCAUUCUUCCUUCAGAUAUGAAAAAUUCAGCAGGUGUUCAUACGUCCACCUUGAGAAGAUAACUGCAUGCUAUCUGGUCUGAAAGGAUGUGUAGCCUUGACAGUGAGAAAAAGAAACGUGGAGAAAGAAGAAAGACACUGCUGAUGCUCUCAGACUGACCACCCCAGUCCAGACCUCAGCACUACUGAAUGAGUCUACAUGAAUCAGAAAAAAAAACUAUUUCUAAAACUGAACUUUGGAGGAAAAAAUCCUUGCAGAUUUCUUUGGAAAACUGAAAGCAAAUCUCUUGAAAAGAUUGGAAGCAAUAAUAAAUGCAGAGAUCGAACAAUAUUUGCUGAAUAUAUAUCUUCUGUUUUUUGUUCUCCUGACCUUUAAGAAUGUGUACUUAAUGGCCAUUUUUUUACUGGGAAUUAAAUAAGUGGUGGUCUCAGACUGUUGGACAGUGCUGUGUGUGUGUGUGUGUGUGUGUGUGUGUGUGUGUGUGUGUGUCUUGUUGAAUAAUGUUAAUAUGGUUUGAAUGCUUGUGCUUGUAAAAGUGCACAAUAAUGUUACUGCGACUUACUCUUUACUGUCAGUCAGAAUAAUGCUACUCCAGAAUGCUACUUUACACUUGCCUGUUUCUACUGCUUCCUGCUGAAUAAUGCUCCUUUGAUAAUCACUGUUACAGCUUCAGGCCAAAUUAUGUUUCUUUGAUAAACACUUUGUCAUUUUCUGCUGCCUCGUAGUAAAUAUUAUACAGUGUAAAUUACACUAUUUAGUCUAAAAUAUAAUGUUAGGAUUCUUUUUUUGUUUGUUUUUGCCUGCUUGUUUGUGGUCCUCCCUGCUAAGUAUUGCUCCCUUGGUGCAUGUUGUCUUGUUUAUGUCUGGUUUGUUGGUCUUCAAAGCACUUAUUACAUUUGGGGUCAGUUUCUCAGACAGUGGUUGAAAAGAGUAAUUCCACUGAUUUUUCAAAGUUUCAAAUUUCUGCAUAAUUCAUUGUGAUGUUUGAUGUGAACUGAUGAUCUGUAGAGAAACUUGCCAGGUCAGAUUUCUUCAUGUGGGAUGUAGUUUUCAGAGGCUUUAAUUAUGUGUUAGAUAUAUGGUUCCUAUUGCCACCACUGUGAACAGUUCUCUCUCAGGAAGUUUCUCUAGAAAAGAGCAUUUCAUAUCAAACCGCUUUAAAAGCCUGAUUACAUUUAAGUAUGAUUGCAUUAUGUUGAAAAUGAGAAAAAUCGAUGGAAUUCCCCUUUAAGCCUAGUUCUAGAAGUUCUAGUCCAGGACUACGCCUGUAUAAGAAACCGUUCCUCAGUGUUUUUACUCUUAGAUGUGAAUAUGAUAAAAGGCCUAACAGCGAAAUAAUGUGGUAGAGAAAUGGCACUUAAAAGCCUGUGAAGUGCAGGUGGGUAAUAUUGAUGAAAGAUGCACUCCCUAUGGAUCAAAUCCAGUCUAUACAAGUGGACUUCUAUUUUGUGUUAAUUUCCAUAUUUGUGAAUUUUGUGAACUGAUUUUAAGGCUGAGUGUUUGAAUGAAGCUGCAUUUGUGGUGGAGGGGAAAAAAAAGAUUCCACAGGUUCCUCAUCCCUACAUAUGAAGUACUGCGUAUGGAUAUGUUAUUUUCAAUGCUGGCAGUUCUAGCUCUGCUCUGAGUGUACAGUGGUAGCCUGUGUUCUAGUCUCAAUAAAGCCCAGCGUGUCUCAGGA